AUGGAGGAUGAACGACAGAGACAGAAGAGACUUCAUAAGUUUGAAAUCCUGGAGGGAACUGUGAGAGACCGGCUGCCCAGCGCUGACCCACGGAGAAUAGUGAAGGAAUAUUCACGACCAGCAGCUGGAAAAGAACCUGCUCAACAAUAUGAGCUCCGUCCAGCCAGUGUCCUCCUUAAAACUGUCCAUUAUCUGAUCGAUGAGAUUGUCCCACGGCAUGAGGAGCCCUGGGUGGAAGUCUAUGAUUAUGUGUUUGACCGACUGCGUAGUGUGCGUCAAGACAUGACCAUCCAGAAGGUCAGUGGGCCUAUCGCAGUGACCAUUCUGGAGAAGAGUCUACGCUUUUUCCUCUGUGCCUCAUACUGGUUGUGUGAGGAACCCAUUCAGGUUUUUGAUCCAAAAAUGAAUGAUAUUCAUGUUCAGGAGUGUUUCAGUUUGCUACUUGCCAACUAUUCUGCUGGGAUUUAUGAAAAUGAAGCUGAAUUUCAGGCUCUGGCCAUUCUCUAUAACCUGGGUAGGUGCAGCAGUUUAAACUAAUCACUGACUUCUCUGUGUAUCAGAAUAAGGUUGCAAAUACGCUGGUGUAGGUUUGAGCUGGUUGUAGUGUCAGCUGCAACCUUCCUGUCUUCUGCCCACUCCUUUCCCCUUGAAUCUUGUUCUAUCCAUGUUCUUUGUUCUUCAGCAGCGUUCAAGAAACACCUGAAUACAUGAAUAGGAAGAGAAUGGAGAGAUAUGGAUCCUGUAAGUGAGGACAGUUUUAGUAUGGAAGGGCAAAAUGUGUCGGUGCAGGCUUGGAGGGCCGAAUGGCCUGUUCCUGUGCUGUAUUGUUCUUUUGUCUAUCAAAAAUCAAUCUAACUCUGCAUUGAAUAAGUUUUAAGAGCAAGCUUCCAGUCCCUUCUAGAAUUCCAUAACCUUACCGACCUUCUGAAAGGAGAAUGGUAGGGUUGUCUGAAGGUUUUUUUUGUUGUGGAGACAAUGACUAAGUCAAUAAGCUAUAUGAUAAACUCCUCCCUUUGUUGUGGCAUCUUUGACAAGCUGAUCGAUAAAUUAUUGGGGUUGCUGUCUGCAGAAUGUAAAUUAGAGUCGUUAAUCCUGAAGUUAAUUCUUACCUUGAGCUGAUCUUUGACUUUCCAGAACUUUCUAUUUAUAGCACAGCUAGAAUGAAUGUGUUUGAUUCUGCGAAGGCCUUUACCAAUGGAAAGCGGGAUUUUCAGAUCUAUAUUCUUGGGAUCAUCUGCUGCUUGAUCUGUCAAAUAGAACUGUGCUCAUUGUUUGAAGAGUUGUAUUUCAGUUAGGGGUUGGUUAGCUCAGUUGGCUGAAUGGCUGGUUUGCAAUGUGUAGUGAUGCCAAUAGCACAGCUUCAAUUUCCACGCUGGUUCAGAAUCUCCCCCCACUUCUCAACUUCAGCCCUUGCCUGAUGUAUGGUGACCCUCAGGUUAAACCACCACCAGUCAUCUCUAUAAUGAGACAAUGGUGACUUUUCCUUUUACCUGCAGUUCACUAAAGGUGUCUUUAAAUGCCUGUUCCCUUAUGAAAUUUUAUUUAUCCAUGAUUUUAUAUUUUAAAAACUUUGGACUGAUGUUUUCAGCCAGUGUCAGUAAAUGUUGAAAAAGUCAGUGUAAGUUUCCUCUCUGGAGGGAUUCUAUGAAUCUGUGAAACUGGUCCCUCCUCACUGCAGCUGUUGUUCUGAGAUACCGUCACUUCUAUUUUUGGCUGUGAGUGAUAGGGAGCAUCCCUAACCGCCGUGUCU